AUGUACAAUUCUAUUUGUUUCCCAAUUACCGAACAGGUGUUCGAAGAGGAGGAGGUUAGGUGGAGAGUCCGCAAUCCAACACAACCCAUGCUCCGUUUUUUAAUGCCUAUUUCUCUAAAAAUAAGAAAGUAAAACACAAGAGAGAAUAGGAGAGAGUGGAGGAGAGGUUUGUUUUGUUUUAGUGUUUGUUGAGUUGGCGAAGAUUUUGGUUAUCUAUCCAUUCCUCCUCACUUUCUCAACAAACGAACGCUUCAACUGCAUAAUUUCACGGCCAGCUAAACAUUCCUACUCUUAUCACUCUUUCACCCUCCCCCCCCUUCUCUCUCUCCCCUUCUCUUUUGAUGAUGAUGGCGUGGAGUUGUUGGGAUUUGUGUGUGUGAUCAGGAGGAAGAGGGUGUUUUGACCUCAGGUGGUGAAGAUCUGAGGCUUUUGUUUCACUCUUAAAGAUAUUUUAAAGUUUUUGCGUAGUCAAUCGAAAAGAAAGAGAAAUGAGUGCAUCAAGGUUUAUAAAGUGUGUGACAGUAGGAGAUGGAGCUGUUGGUAAAACUUGUCUCUUGAUCUCUUACACCAGCAACACCUUCCCUACGGAUUAUGUGCCUACAGUUUUUGACAAUUUCAGCGCAAAUGUGGUCGUCAAUGGUGCUACUGUCAACCUGGGGUUGUGGGAUACAGCUGGGCAAGAGGAUUAUAAUAGAUUAAGACCAUUGAGUUACCGUGGGGCAGAUGUUUUCAUACUGGCAUUCUCUCUCAUUAGCAAGGCCAGUUAUGAAAAUGUUUCUAAAAAGUGGAUUCCAGAGUUGAAGCAUUAUGCACCUGGUGUCCCAAUAGUUCUUGUCGGCACAAAACUUGAUCUUCGGGAUGAUAAGCAGUUCUUCAUCGAUCACCCUGGUGCCGUUCCUAUUACUACAGCUCAGGGAGAGGAGCUGAGGAAGCUGAUUGGUGCACCUGCCUACAUUGAAUGCAGUUCGAAAACACAGCAGCUUGUUCAUGCAGAAUGUGAAGGCAGUUUUCGAUGCAGCCAUCAGAGUCGUCCUUCAACCACCCAAGCAAAAGAAAAAGAAGAGCAAAGCACAAAAGGCCGGUUCUAUAUUGUGAUUGUAACAGUUGUGAGGAGCCUUUGUGUUACCCAUGCUCCUUUCCUCUCUUCCCAUUGCUCUCUAAGAAGCUUAAUUUAAUGUCUUUCCAGACCGUAAUGAGGAUCCACGAAGCAUCAGGUGGUUUGAUAUUGGUUUUUUGAAUUAUUAUGGAUCUCUAAUAGUUGAAUUGCAUUGCAUGAUUGCCCACCUCCUAUACAUAACUCCAGGUUUUGAUAUGUUUAUGUAUUAAUAAACCGGAACAUCCCAUUAGGAAGACAACGUUGCCUUGCAUGAAUUCUAUCAAAAACUUGUAUCAGUUUCAAGAGCUUGGUUAUGUUGUGCUACUAAUCUUGCUUUGGUUUAUUUUUA